CUCUACAGCGUCAAUAUGGCGGCCGUGUUGCCAAAACAUUCAUUUCAGCGAACGUAAAAAUGAUAAUAAGUUGAAAAUGAUGGAGAUAGACACUUUUCCAGCGUAUGCUGCCUUUCAAAAGCAAUUAAGAACUCUUUGCUUAAAGGAAUUUCCCUGUGGAGCUGGAAAUUGGAGGGAAACAAAAGCAAAAAGUAUUCAGCAGCUAAAAGCGAGUGAAAAUGUGGAUUCCAAGUAUUCUAUCACUCUGAAAGAUUAUGGUGCUCAGAAUGAGAAAACUGAGACCCUUGAGGAAUAUGUUGGCUCAAAAUACUCGCCAUGGCACCUGGACUACAGCUGGAGUUCUGAGGCUAAAGGGUUACGAGAAAUAGCUGUUAAAUCCCCAUGGCUUCUAGAUGACAGCUUCAUCAUGAAUCAUUUUCAGACAUUAAGAAUUGUAGAUAAAGGUGUGACAGAAGUUGAUGGUGAUUUACUACGCUUCAGGAAUUUAAACGAGCUCACACUAAGUGCUAACCAUCUUGUUACUGUCAACUCUAAAAACCUGCCACCUAACCUUAAGGUAUUGGAGUUAUGUGCGAACAAGAUCAGCGAUUUGUCUGCUCUGUGUGUGCGACCACCUCAGUCAAUGAUACAUUUAGGCCUAGGCUUCAAUAAAAUAUCCUUCAUGGGAGACUACCUCACAGGGGAUUACUGGCCUCAGCUGUUGUCUCUAGACCUAAGCCACAAUAAUCUCACUGACCUUCUAGACGUAGUACGGAAACUAGGCACACUACCAAAGCUACGGAACCUCAUACUGCAGGGUAACCCACUGUCGUUGAUUGCUGGUUACCGCGGCUACACAAUUGACAGCAUGAGGAAACUGAGUGUUCUUGAUGACAUCAUGAUAUCAGCAGACGAACGUCACCACUACAAAGGCCUGGCCAAGAGGAGAGAGUACAUUCUUGAUGAAGCUAAGGUCACACUACAGGUCAGCUAUAUCAAAGGUCUGCCAGUCCCAGAAGAGGUCAAGAACCCUGAAGAACAGCCCGAGUUCCCAGUCAUUGAGAGGAAAUACUAUGUGCAAUUUAUGUUUUUGCAUGAUACUGCAGGCAAGGGGGAUGUCCUGGAGAUUUCCCACGAUGAAAUUGUAGAGUUAUCUCCCCUUCCUGGCGAGGAACAAUCUGUCUAUUCAGAAGAAGCGGCAUGGAGAAGUCCUGAUGCUGAUAAUUUUUUCUUCGAUGAGAAAAAAGCUCGCCAAAGGGGGAAAAAAUUGAUCAGUGCCCUUAUGUCUGACGAUCCAGAGGAAAAUUCCACACCAGCUGAGGCUGCUAAAAAUGUGAACUUCACAGCCGAGCCUGAAGUUGUCAUAGCAAGAGAUCCCACAGAGACAGCUACGGAGCAGGAGAAGCUAUCGCCGGCAAAGUCCUCAACACCCAAAAGGGAAGAACAGGAGCAGGUGGAGGAGGAGACACAAGAACUCCAACUGGAAGCCAUUAAACUAGGGGGCACCACUUGGGCAGAAGAGGUGGAGCUUGACGCCUCACAGCUUGUUGUCCGGGAUGAACUUCUUGACCUCCGCAACUUCUUCAAACAGGGAAUGCAGUUCUCUGUUGUGGAGGAAAUGACCUUAUUAGAGCCAGUUCUGUCCCCAAAUUUCCCCGGGUCAGCAUCAUCCCGAGGGUCACGGAGCUCCCGAAAUUCCCGGGGGUCACGGCCCUCACUCCAAUCCUCAGGCAGCAGAAAGGUGAUGUGCUUCCCUAAAGAAGAUUCACAGUGUAGCACACCCACCAAAAAGGAAAAAGACAAGGAAAAAGACAAGAAAAAGGAUAAAAAGGAUGACAAAGCUAAAGGAGGAGGUGGUAAGGAUGACAAGAAGAAGAAAGGGAAGAAGGAGCCAGAGAUUGAGAUGAAACGUAUGCCCCCCACAUACACAACACUGGCCACAUGGCAUCAGCCUCUGGAGGAGUUCCUGGAGGGAGAAUAUCAAAUGACUGCGGUCUACACACAGGGUGGUAUAGAGGCUGCCUCCACUGUCAAAAGUGUUGACACAGACAAAAAGGCUGGUAAAAAGGAUGACAAAAAGAAGCCAGGAUCACCAAGGAAGAAAGAUGAGGGGAAAGGAGGGAAAGAGAGCAGGAAGAGUAGUGCGGCCAAGGGUGGCAAGGAUGACAAGAAGGGCGACAAAGGGAAGGGAGCUAAAGCAGCCCCUACUACUGUAGACGAGGAGGGAGAUGAGCCAGCCCCACCUCCUCCCCUCGAGGUUCAGAUAUCCAUCAAACUCCAUCACUGGCGUACUGCACAUGACUCACUCAAGGAGGAGGAAGAGAAAAACAGGGCUCUUCAACAACAGCAACAGGUGUAACUUACUAAGGAUCACAUAGACUAAAACCUCUAUAAAGUUUACACAAAGCAAGACUGUCACAAGACUGUUGGAGUAAGGGAACUUUAAUUAGACUGUCAGAGCAAGGGAACUUUAAUUUGAAAUAAAUUAUUAUCUCAUUGGUGAGAAUCUGCAAUCUAGAGAAAGUGGUUUCAAAGAAAACUGGAUGAGCCAUCCACAUAUUCUUAUACAUUCAAAAAGUCAUAGACAAGUUUAGAAAGAUUUUAUCUCAAUAUCCUUGUAGAUAUUUAAACAUCAACCUUCAGUGGAAACUAUUGAGGAACUAAGAUAACUGUUUGGUCUAAUUAACAUGUUUGUUUACUCAAUAAUAUUUAUACAAUGUGAUAUUUUAAUAUGUUGUGAUAUUGGCUAUGUUUCUGUACCGUUAAGUAUGGGUGAAUUAGUUGAAGUAUUUGUGUCUGUCAUUUCCCAUAAGUUCUUCUGUUAUAUCCUUCAUCAAACAUUGUAUUUGCACUUCAAUUCUGGUAGGUUUGUGCAAUUCUGUUGACUAUUUGGAAAGUAUAUGUAUAAGUUUUCCCCCAGUAUUAGCUUAAACAAAGACUUACCUACAGUCGUGAUACAUUUCUAUUGUUUGUUAUGUCUGGUUAUGAUUUUUAUAAAUCUUCAUAUGUCUCAUUAUCACAAUGUGUCACCAAAACUGACAAAACUCAAAAAACUAACACAACAUUGAAUCCUAUGUUCUGUUAUCAAGGAUGAAGAACUAGUAUCAGACAGGAGUAGUUUGUUACAUGUUUACUGCUGAAAACAUAUCAAACAUGCUUAUGUUACUGUUAUUUCAAAAACUCUAUAGAAGUUGUGUGGAGAUUUUGAACAUAUGUUUAAGAGAAAAACUAGAAUAAAACAAUAUUACCAGAAUAGCAUAUUGCUAAAAAAUUCUAUGUCUUAGGAAAUUAGAAUAUUGUAAUUUCUUGGAUAGAAUAACUGUUAAAUCAAUGUCUAUUGAAGAUUGUAAGUGUAGGAUAUAUCACUACCUGGGAUCUAUCGGUAACUAGUGUAUACUAUAAUGCCCUGGUAUCUAUCGGUAACUAGUGUAUACUAUAAUGCCCUUUGACCACAUGCUAUCAGUGCUUAAUUUCACAAGUCAUUUCCACAGAAUGAUUCCAAUGAAACUAUAUUUUUAUAAUGUUGUGAUAUACAUAAAGAUCUGUGAUACACUGCUUAGAUAUGCUUUCAAUGUGAUAACUUUUUAUAUAUUCAUAUUGAUGCCAAAUAACUUGUUGUACCCAUGGAAUAAAUUGUGAAAUUAA